UUUUGUUUAAAGUUGAGUAAAAGCAAAUAGACACUUUAUUGUGAAGGUGCAAAGUGGUCGGUUUGUCAAAAAUGAGGGAGAUAGUCCAUCUUCAGGCUGGACAAUGUGGCAACCAGAUCGGAUCAGCAUUCUGGCAGACGAUUGCUGGUGAACAUGGGAUAGAUCCUACUGGAGCUUAUCAUGGUGACAACGAUUUACAACUGGAGAGGAUCGAAGUCUAUUUCAACACUGCUCAAAGUGGAAAAUAUGUUCCGAGAGCAAUCCUCGUCGAUCUUGAACCAGGCACCAUGGAUGCUGUCCGCAGUGGAGCACACGGACAGCUAUUCCGACCGGACAAUUUUAUAUUCGGCCAAACAGGUGCUGGUAACAACUGGGCUAAGGGUCAUUAUACAGAAGGCGCUGAAUUGGUUGAUGCAGUUUUAGAUGUGGUCCGCAAAUCUGCUGAGAACUGUGAUUGUUUACAAGGGUUCCAGUUGGUCCACUCUCUAGGCGGCGGAACCGGAAGUGGAAUGGGGACGUUACUGAUUAAUAAAAUCAAAGAAGAAUAUCCAGAUAGAAUCAUGACGACAUUUUCCGUCGUGCCAUCACCAAAGGUGUCUGACGCUGUUGUAGAGCCAUAUAAUGCCACGCUUUCCGUGCACCAAUUGGUGGAGAACUCUGAUGAAACUUACUGUAUUGAUAAUGAAGCCUUAUACGAUAUCUGCUUCAGAACCUUGAAACUCACUACACCAACAUACGGUGAUCUCAACCAUCUGGUAUCAGCCACCAUGUCUGGAGUGACCACCUGUCUCCGAUUCCCUGGUCAACUCAAUGCUGACUUGAGGAAGCUGGCUGUCAACAUGGUUCCCUUCCCACGUCUUCAUUUCUUCAUGCCUGGGUUCGCUCCCCUGACCGCCAGAGGUUCCCAACAAUACAGAGCCUUGACUGUUCCUGAACUUACCCAACAGAUGUUUGAUGCCAAGAACAUGAUGGCUGCCUGUGACCCAAGACACGGUAGAUACCUGACAGUAGCUGCUAUGUUCAGAGGUCGUAUGUCCAUGAAAGAGGUGGAUGAACAGAUGUUGAAUGUUCAGAAUAAGAACAGCAGCUACUUUGUUGAAUGGAUCCCCAACAACGUGAAGACAGCUGUCUGUGACAUCCCACCAAGAGGUCUGAAAAUGUCAGCCACCUUUAUCGGAAACAGCACAGCUAUUCAAGAAAUCUUCAAGAGAAUCUCUGAACAAUUCACUGCUAUGUUCAGACGAAAGGCUUUCCUCCAUUGGUAUACUGGUGAAGGUAUGGAUGAGAUGGAAUUUACUGAAGCUGAAUCUAACAUGAAUGAUCUGGUAUCUGAAUAUCAACAGUACCAGGAUGCUACAGCUGAGGAACUAGACGACGAUGAAGAAACAGAAGAAUAUGCUGAUAGAUCUGAUGGGAUAGAGAUAUAACUUCCGGUAAUCAUGCAAAUACCGGUAGCUCUUAAAUACAGGUCUAUCGGUAUUGUUACUUAUACCGGAAGUGACAUUCGAUAUUUCUAUAAGUGACAUUAUACACGAAAGAAAAUAUAUACAUAUAUUCAAUUACAAUGGUAUUCCUCUAAACAAUCGGUUAAUCAGCUGGUAGGAUUAAAUGAAAGGAUGAACGGCCUGCUUCAGAACCCGAUUCUGUCUAACAUCCAGUAGUGAUGCCGGGAUAAAGACCGUACUUCUGGCAUUACUGUUAAGGGAUCAAGACCGCACUUCCAGUACUACUGUGGAUCAAAAUCUCACUUCCGAUAUUGCUGUUUGGGAUCAAGAUCUCACUUACGGUACUGAUUGAACCUGAAGUUUCUCGGAUGACUUAGUGGUAAUAAUUAUUUUGGGGGUAUAGUUUCCAAAUAUCUACACCGUAACAAACGAAAUACUAUGCCCAACUAGCCAACAUUGUCAAAAUGGAAAAUGAAUGUACGAAAUAAAUUCCAUAAAAAUU